CUAAUUCUUCCAAUAGUAAGUAGUAACCCAAAGAUAAAUGAAUCAAUUUAGGCGACUUAAUUGACUAAACCUUACCCAAACGAACAAUUAAUGGGAAUCAAACAAGCCAACGAUAGCUGCCUUCAACAAUGACAACUGACAUAAAAUUUUCAUAUAUCAAGAAGCAAAACACCCAUUUCCAAUUUCAUUUUAUGAAUCCUAAAUUUCCUAACACCCUUACCUUAAACCACAUGGCAUCUUGCUCCAACAUAGAUACUUUGCCAGAGGAUUGUGUUUCAAAAAUUCUAUCCUACACAUCUCCAAAAGACGCAUGUACUUUCUCAAUGGUUUCCUCAACUCUUCAAUCACCUGCUAACUCUGACACACUCUGGAGAACCUUCUUGCCCUCUGAUUAUGAUCACAUCCUCUCAAGAACCCUCAAUCCCUUAACUCUCCAACCUUCUUCAUACAAACAUCUCUUCUACUCUCUCUCCCAACAACCACUUCUCCUAGACAAAGGCAACAUAAGUUUUAAAUUGGAUAAGUGUUCGGGUAAAAAAUCAUAUAUAUUAUCUGCUAGAGAAUUGUCGAUAACAUGGAGCAAUGAUCCAAUGUAUUGGAGCUGGAGACCAACGACUGAAUCAAGAUUUGGUGAGGUGGCAGAGUUAAGAACAGUAAGCUGGUUAGAAAUAAAAGGCAAAAUAAGGACCAAAAUUCUAACACCAAACACAUCAUACGCAGUUUAUCUCAUCACAAAGGUUUCACAUCGUGUGUACGGACUUGAUUCUGCUCCGGCUGAGCUAUCACUUUCAGUGGCCAACAAAGUGCAAAAUUCUAAGGCAUAUUUGUAUAAUAAAUUUGAGGAUAACAGAAGGAAAAUGGAACGAAAGGAAGAUAAUAGUUACGAGGGGAUUCAAGUUCCUUCGAAAAGAGAUGAUGGGUGGAUGGAAAUUGAAUUGGGAGAGUUUUUAUGUGAUGAUGAAAUUGAAGAUGAUGAAGAGGUUAACAUGAGUGUUAUGGAGGUUGGUUAUAGAUUGAAGGGUGGUCUCAUUGUUGAAGGAAUUGAAGUUAGACCAAAACAAAGCAGAGGGUAAAGGUUUUUUGUUUUACUACAAUAAUGACAUUCUUUUAUUGCCAAGUAAUUUUGUCUUUAAAAUAAAUAGGAAAAAGAGAUGGAUAAAUGUGUAAUUAAUUAUAAUACAUAGUGAAUUCUGUGCAAAAUUA